GUCUGGCACCAGGUCUGGCACGUCGGUCUGGCAUCAGGUCUGGCAUUGGCGGCAUGCACAUGCGCACACACAUGUCCACAUGCAUGCCUUUUCGGCUUUCUCACUGGGCUAACAAGUCCCCUUCGCCCUGUAAAUAGACAUAUAGAACAAUGUCGAUAUGACUCUCAUUAGCUUCUUCGGCAACGGCUUCACCGCCUACGGGCCGGCGCUAGCCGUGUUCUUCCUGUACAUUGCGAAGAACGCCCAGCUGGUGCUGUUGCUCAUGACCAGCGCAUUCUUCUGGCUGGUAUCCAUCCUGAUCUCCUCGGUGUUUUGGUACCUCAUCAAGGCCAUGCAGGAUGUGCCGGCGGCGACGAUAUUCGUCUCGGUGACCUGGCAGGAGAUAUGGCGAUACCUGUUUUUCAUCAUGAUGAGCAAGGCAGAGCCCGGGCUGAACAGCACGUCGAGGACACCGGACUCGAGAUUUAAUCGGACCAGGCAUGCUUUUGCCACGGGGUUGGGGUUUGGACUAAUGAGCGGCUUGACGUUGUAUCUAACUCAGCUGGCCGAGUCGAGCGGGCCGGCCAUCCUGCCGUGCAGCUCUUGUCCGGGGGCGGAUGUGUUCUUCAUUGGUGCGGUGACGACCAACCUGUUCAUAUUCCUACAUACGGCAUGGAACAUGAUCGCCUUCGAAGGAUGGUAUAAACAACGAUGGCUACCAUUCGCGUUUGUUUUGUUCUCGCAUUAUGCCGCGUCUUAUGGGACGCUACUGAUUCCUUCAGAUGUACACAACGGCUGCCUUAUAUCCAUCGCCUUGUGUAUAGUGUUACUCGUCAUUGCUACGAGUUUGGUGGUACGCACCAUCAAUUGGUGAUGGCGGGGUAGAGGUGCAGAUCCGAGGGCCUUGAUACGGUUAUGACGCUGGACAUUGCAAUGAAAGCAUGUGGACUUUGAUUGGCAGCAUGUUCGGGCGAUGCAUUCGCUCACGGACUAUGAAGUACCGCAUCACAGCCGACAGUGAUAGAGCGGAAGGCAACAAAUACAUAUGUUUCAAAAUGCGGAAUAAGGAUACAAG